AGAUCAGAGCAUCGCGAAAUAACGCGAGAAGAGAGCUCAGAGCUGCGGAAGUGACUGUCAGAUGAGCGGGGUCAUGUGGUCAGCCGAUUGCUGGUGGGAUCCGUAAACAGCUUUCGAUUGUGUAAAAGAGGAAUAUACCUAAAGAAACCUCUUUAAACUGAAGGCUGACAGUCCUCGCCUGUGACACGAAAGGCCACGAGUGGGAUAGCUAGCUAACAGCAUGCAAAACGUUAUAAAUUCUGUGAAAGGCACCGCUCUUGGAGUGGCCGAGUUUCUCACACCAGUACUGAAGGAAUCAAAGUUCAAGGAAACGGGUGUCAUCACACCAGAAGAGUUUGUGGCUGCAGGAGACCAUUUAGUUCAUCACUGCCCCACAUGGAAAUGGGCGUCAGGGGAGGAAGCAAAAGUGAAGCCUUAUUUGCCUAAAGACAAGCAGUUCUUACUGACUCGCAAUGUUCCAUGCUACAAGCGGUGUAAACAGAUGGAGUACUCCGAUGAGCUAGAAGCCAUUAUAGAGGAGGACGAUGGCGACGGGGGAUGGGUGGACACCUAUCACAACUCAGGCGUAUCAGGAGUAACAGAAGCAGUAAGGGAAAUCACAUUGGACAAGAAGGACAAUAUGAACAUGAACGCGCGCUCAGGCGCAAGUGGAAAUGACGAGGAUGAUGAUGAUGAAGGAGAGGCCGCUGACAUGGAAGAGUACGAGGAGAGCGGACUUUUGGAAACGGACGAGGCGACUCUGGACACCAGCAAGGUGAUGGAAGCUAGCAAAGCCAAAGCCGACGCCGGGGGCGAAGACGCCAUCCUGCAGACCCGCACCUACGACCUCUACAUCACGUACGACAAGUACUACCAAACCCCUCGGCUCUGGCUCUUCGGCUACGACGAGGACCGCCAGCCGCUGAGCGUGGACCAAAUGUACGAGGACAUCAGCCAGGACCACGUGAAGAAGACCGUCACCAUAGAGAACCACCCCCACCUGCCGCCCCCCGCCAUGUGCUCCGUGCACCCCUGCAGGCAUGCGGAGGUGAUGAAAAAGAUCAUCGAAACGGUGGCGGAGGGAGGGGGCGAGCUGGGAGUGCACAUGUAUCUUCUUAUUUUCUUGAAAUUUGUGCAAGCCGUCAUUCCCACGAUAGAGUACGACUACACACGGCAUUUCACCAUGUAAACUGGGCCUCAUCUCCUGACACGAGCACCUGUGAAACCCUCGAGCUCGGCCACAAGGGGGCGACGUUCACAACACACUGCCUGUGGGGGCUGUCCCUGGAGCGACUUGCCGAAUGUUUCAGUUUAUUAGGAUUGGCUUUGUGUGUGUGUGUGUGUGUGUGUGUGCGUGCGUGCGCGCACAUGUGUGUGUGUGCACACGUGCGCGUGUGUGUACUGUUUUACGUGCGCGUCUGUUUGUGGCAGAGGGCAGGGGUGUUGAAUGGUUCUUGAGUGCAGAGCAGUUGGUUACUUUCACACACAUUCAGCUUUCACCAAGAUAACAGCUGUGCUUUAUAUGCGACUCAUCUCUCUCAGUGGCUCUGUAACCAGCAUGCAUGUGCGGUCUUCAUAACUCGAAGAACACAUCUGUCUGUGUGGAUUCACUGCAGGGAGUCCAGCCUGCAGUCACAUUAAUAUCGUCUCCGACUCAUAAAACUCCCUGUACCUUUGUAUCAGUGUUAAUCUGCCUCAUAAAUCUUUCGCCAGAUCUUUCGGUUUCCUCAUCAUAUAAAAUCUCUGUAGUCACAUUCAGUCCGUCCCCCUUCCUCUAGCUUUUACCAAUGAGGAGAUCGUAGUGGAGGGGGGAGACGCUGCUCUUGCUCCUCACGAAAAGUCGUCACUGUGUCUGAUACCAGUUUGUCUUAACGGAGUUGUCCUCUGGCUGUAGGGAAAUGUCUUUUUUUUUUUAGGUCCUGUUGGCUGGGAGCUCAGGUUGGGUCUCCCUUGUGUGAGUGUUUCCUACGGCAUGCUCUCCUGUCCCUUCAGCGUGUGCCACCACCUCAGCAGAACAAGACGUUUCCCCACACAGUCUCCCUUUGAUUCUGCCUGUAACAACAGACGGAGCCAGAGCAAUCCUAGAGCCUGAUUUACUAAGGCCUUUAGCUUUUUAGUGCAUGCAAAAACCAACAACAUGACCACUGAUUGGUCAAGGUAUUAUUUUUGUUUUUAUUUUUAUUUUUCCACCAAUCAUUGGUUGUGUUAUUAGUUUAGCAUGUGCUGAAACGUUAGUACAUCAGGCCCUUGGUUUGCUGUUCAUAUGGUGGUUGGCUGUCAUCGAUCACUGCUGCAGCUUCUGUAGAUGUUUUUGACGGUGCCCCUGUACCAAAAGUUGACUCAAGGUGAAUCGCAUUCUACUCCUGUCUGUGACCAUGAACAGACGGAAUGCUGAACAUGCUGUAAUUUAAGUUCUGUUUUCAGUAUUCACUGUUCACCGUUCAAUAAUAUCUGAUUUCAUAAUGUGCAGAGUCAUUGUUUCAUAGUGACAAUUUCUAAAAGUUUUACACGAGAAGAGCUCAAAUUGGCCUGGCACACAGUGGUUACCACAUUUUCCUGCUGUUUCUCAGCAGAUAAUUUAAGCUUAAGCAAACUGCAGAAUGCACAGAGUUUAAACAUGUUUCUGAAGGGCAGUGAUCAAGCAGAGAAAAGCUAUGGGGUGUUCACGAGUAUAGAUUUUCCUGGCUAUGCUGAAUGGACUGUUUUCUGAAUUGUGAGAUGUAAUAAAAAAGUGAAUGUCUACAACCUAUAGCAUCAGUGUUGUCAAGAUAUUUAUCUAAAAUAUUUGUCUAAGAUACUUCUCAAGUAUGUAAUUAUGAACCAGUUUCCUUUCUGGAUGUUUACAAAUAUUCAUAAAAAAAGGCAGUGACCAUGUCUCUUGUUCCCCAUUCUCUAUACGAUAAUGUUUCCUUUAAAAACAAUUCUUGCAAAUUUUUUCAUUUUCUUGAAAGAGCUCUUGCAGAUUUUUCAAUGGCUAAGAAAAAAGAGGUUGCCAUGAAUUUUGUCUGCUUUUGGCUCAAAGCUUUAUGUACUCGCUU